AUGAGAACUACCACAUACACGACGUUGACCCUGUCCGGACUGGCGGCAGUGGCCAAUGCUGCGCCUGCCACGACUCUGGUCAGCGCCGUUGAUCCAUGCCAUGUCACCUCUUACUCUGGCGUCGCUGCUGCCGUGUCUUCUUGCACGAACAUCAUCCUUGACGGGGUUGCUGUUCCUGGCAAUACAACUCUCGAUUUGACGAAGCUCAAAGCAAACACGACCGUGACUUUUGCCGGCAAAACAACAUUUGCUUACGCAGAUGCGAACUACGAUAUGAUCAAGGUCGCUGGUACCAACGUCCUGAUCACAGCCGAAAAAGACGCGAUCAUCGACGGCAAUGGUCAAGCCUGGUGGGAUGGUCUAGGUUCGAACGGAGGUGUCACCAAACCCAACCAUUUCAUGACAGUCAAGGCUGUUGGCAAGUCUGUCAUUAAGGAUCUUGUCAUUCAGAACUACCCAGUUCACUGCUUCAGUAUAAGCGGAAGCAAUGGCCUCGUGGUUGAAAACAUCCUUCUGGACAACUCAGCUGGUGAUGCACCUAACAACAGGUCAAAUGGCCUUGCUGCUAGCCAUAACAGUGAUGGGUUCGACAUUUCCAGUACUGAUGGCAUGAUCUUGAGAAAUUCCAAGGUGGUCAACCAGGAUGACUGCGUUGCCAUCACUAGCGGUAACAAUAUCACCGUUUCAAACAUGUACUGUGAUGGAGGGCACGGCCUCUCAAUCGGCAGUGUUGGCGGCAAGAGUAACAACAACGUCACCAACAUUCUGUUUGAGAACAGCAAAGUGCUCAACAGCCAAAAUGGAGCUAGAAUUAAGUCCAACGCCGAGACAACUGGAUACAUCGCUAAUAUCGAAUACCGCAACAUUCAAGUCUCCAACAUCGAUAUCUACGGCAUCGACAUUCAACAAGACUAUCUCAAUGGAGGUCCCACAGGUCAACCCACCAAUGGUGUCAUUAUCAAGAACAUUACCAUGUCCAACAUCUCCGGCACUGCUCAGACCAAAGCUAGAGACUACUACAUCCUUUGUGGAGAUGGCAGCUGCUCUGACUUCACGUUCAACAACAUUCAUAUCACUGGAGGUACUAACAGUUCUUGCAACAUCAAGCCUACUGGAAAUUUCCAGUGUGUUUAGAUAUCGAAGUCAGACUUACUUAGUCAAAGGCGCUGGCGCUUAGCAAAAGCUC